UCUCUCUCUCUCUCUAACUUUUGAUUUCUGUUUCCACCUUUUUCCAUCAUUGUGCUUUUUACUUUCUUCUCAAUCUUCUUCUUCUUCUUCAUUCUUCACAUUUAUCUAUUGAAUUCUUAUUCUAUACUACUACUGUUUGUUGCACUUGUUCACUGAAGCUUCAUUCAAUGGCGGACAUAAGUCACCCACCAAUGGAACAACUCCAAGAUUUGGAAUAUUGUAUUGAUUCCAACCCACCAUGGCCCGAAACCGUUUUAUUAGCAUUUCAAAACUACAUUCUCAUGCUUGGAACAACCGUAAUGAUCCCAUCUCUACUAGUCCCCUACAUGGGUGGAUCGAAUAGAGACAAAGCUUGUGUUAUACAAACUUUGCUAUUUGUAUCUGGUCUGAACACACUUCUUCAAACACUAUUUGGAACCCGAUUGCCUGCUGUUGUUGGAGGCUCAUUUGCAUAUGUUAUGCCCAUACUUUACAUUAUAAACGAUUCGUCUUUGCAACGAAUCACCGACCGUCAUGAUAGAUUUAUACAUACAAUGAGAGCUAUUCAAGGGGCAUUAAUCGUUGCUUCUAGCAUUCAAAUUGUAGCCGGUUAUAGCCAGCUUUGGGGCCUCUUUUCACGUUUUUUUAGCCCUCUCGGUAUGGCGCCUGCUAUAGGAUUGGUUGGUUUGGGUCUCUUUCAACGAGGGUUUCCUAUGGUUGGAAAUUGUGUGGAAAUCGGGUUACCGAUGCUACUUCUAGUCAUUGGAGUGUCACAGUAUUUAAAGCACACGAAACUACUAAAAGACAUUCCCGUUUUUGAGCGGUUUCCUUUGUUGAUAUGCAUCUCAAUUAUCUGGAUCUAUUCGAUCAUACUAACGGCUAGCGGGACCUACCGGAAUAGACCUGAGCCAACUCAAACAAGUUGUCGUACAGACAAAGCAUAUAUCAUAUCCACUGCCCCAUGGUUCAUGUUCCCAUACCCUUUACAGUGGGGUCCACCUACCUUUUCGGCCGGUCAUGCGUUCGCGAUGAUGUCAUCGGUUCUUGUGUCAAUGGCUGAGUCAACCGGUGCAUACAUAGCUGCUUCACGGUUGGCAAUCGCAACCCCGCCACCUGCAUACGUGCUUAGCAGAGGCAUCGGCUGGCAGGGUAUAGGUGUACUUCUAGAUGGUCUUUACGGAACUGGAACUGGAUCCACUGUGUCAGUGGAAAACGUCGGUCUUCUUGGAUUAACCCGAGUUGGGAGUCGAAGAGUUGUUCAGAUUUCUGCCGGUUUCAUGAUUUUCUUCUCCAUUUUAGGGAAAUUUGGAGCGGUAUUUGCAUCGAUACCCUUUCCCAUAUUCGCAGCAUUGUAUUGUGUUCUCUUUGGCCUUGUAGGUGCUGUCGGAUUAUCGUUUCUUCAAUUCACUAACAUUAAUUCUAUGAGAAACCUCAUCAUAAUCGGGCUUUCCCUUUUUCUUGGAAUCUCGAUUCCUCAGUAUUUUAACGAGUAUGUAACUAUACAACACGGGCUUGUUCGUACCAAUGCUAGUUGGUUUAAUGCAUUCUUGAAUACCGUAUUCGCGUCGCCACCGAUGGUAGGGUUGAUCGUGGCGGUGUUUCUUGACAAUACGAUAGACGUGGUGGAUUCAAAGAAAGAUAGAGGGAUGCCAUGGUGGGUGAAGUUCAGAACAUUUAAAGGGGAUAACAGGAAUGAAGAAUUCUAUACUUUGCCAUUUAAUUUAAACAGGUUUUUUCCGCCUACAUAGAAAGAGGGGUUGAUUGAAAAGAGAAGUUAGUUACUAACUACCAUUUUGAAUUUAUUUUAUGGGUAAAGGGGUUGCUUCAUUUUGGACUGAUUAAUUAGGGUUCUUUUGGGGGGCUUAAGUUGAGAACAAAGAUUAUUGUGCUGGUCCAUUAGAUAUUUUGUGUAGGAGCAGGGUAUAAAUAUUUGAAAUGAAUGUAAAGCUUUGGAUCAUUGAUUCAUUUUGAGGUUUAUAAACUAAUAAAAGGAAAAU